CAGUUAAAAAUUUAGUCAUUCGCUGUCGAGAUAAAACCCUGCCUUUGCAAUGUGGGGCAAUACGUUGGGCUCUGGCUGUCCACCGGAUGACUUGGGAUUUCCAUCAUUCGCAGCAGCAGCAGCCGCCUCAGCAAAUACACCAGCGCCAUUUUCAAGUAUGCCUUACCUCACAACAUCGCCAUAUCUAAUGGUUGAUCCCCUGCACUCGAUGGGAUAUUCAGCCGCAACAAAUCAAAGAAAACAACGACGAGAACGAACCACAUUCACUCGUGCCCAACUCGACAUAUUGGAGUCACUGUUCAGUAAAACACGUUAUCCGGAUAUUUUUAUUCGCGAGGAAGCUGCACUAAAAAUCAAUUUGCCCGAGUCUAGGGUUCAAGUUUGGUUUAAGAAUCGUCGAGCGAAAUGCCGCCAAUUGCAGAAACAAAAUCAACAACAACAAACUAGCUCUUCGUCGGUGACUCAAUCGACCACAUCAUCAUCGGGAGUUGGCAAAAUUAGAACGGUUCCAAUGACAAAAAUGAAAGCAAAAACAACGACCAGCACCUUGAAUUGCAGCACAAAUAGUCUUACUAAUUCACAAUCGACACCAACUCAAUCGAUUCUGCACGAUUCUCCCAACAACUUCAGAAUGCCACAAAACAUUUUCUCGUCAUCAACGCACACGAAUUUCCCGACCCUCUCCUCAAAUAACAGUGGAAACUCAAUUUGGUCUCCUACAAUGCUGGAGAAUUCCACAUCUUCAGGCUGUUUAGAUAGUCGAUCGUGGAAUCAAAGUGCAAACGUACCGUCCACUUCAAACACGUAUCAAAACUUUUCCGGUUUCUAUCCGAAUAUUGAUUACCUUGGCUCAAAUAUACAACAACAAUUGCACGAGAAUGCACUGGAAAAUCCCUGGAUGAAGCGUGAGGAGAAUUGGUUUUACAACACACCGAACUGGGACACACAGAAAAAAUAAUAAUUCCAAUAAUUACUAGCUGUGACAACAAUCACUAAAUCCGGUACACAUAUCGAACACAAAAUAAUUGUCUUUACAUUCAAUCGUUUCACUUUAUUACC